AGUCUUCGCUCCGACCAUCAUAUCGUUUUCGCCCAGACUCCUCACUUUCCCCACCGCCCCCAUCCCUCUCUGCAUCACGCAGCGCUCAAGCGAUACAGAUCGUCCGCCACCCACAAAUUUUCUCCGGCGGCGAAGCGCGUCGCAUUCACCCGCACCCGAUCCGCGACGCUCGCAUAGUACGCCCAAAGUCCUCGAAGAUGGCGGAGACGGCGCAGCCAGCACCGGAGCUCUCCCCCAUUGACCAACUUCUCAAGACGCUCGGCAUGACGCGUGACGACCUCGACAAGCGUAGCCGCCAAAUGCGCCAAUUCCUCGACAACGACGGUGCACGAGGUGCCGACGUCGUCCCCUCCGUUACCGCCCCCGCCCCCGAAGCCCAGCCAUGCACGCGCCUGGGCCGCUCGCAGGCUGCCUACGCGCGCCCGAUGUCCCGCGCGAGUUCGAUGACCGGCCGGGACGCGUCGCCCCCCGCGACCCCAGUGAAGGCCGAGCCUCGUGAUGCGACCGUGCCGCUGUCCAUGGAAGCGGUCAUCGAACGGCAGAACCAGAGCCGGCGAGAGAAGAAGCGCAAGGAGAAGGCGAGCGGCCGCGCGCCGAUGGGCCAUCCUCCGUCGCCCACCCCUAGCGCGUCGCGGGCAGCUAGCGUGGCAUCGUCACGGGGGGUCAGCGUCCAGCCACAAGCAAGCAGAUCGACAGAUAACGCCAAUCAGAUGGGCGCGUCACUAUUCACCCCCUCCAUGAGCAAAUAUUACAGAGAACAUACCCUAGUCGAGCCGAUGAAGGCAUCUGCGCGGACGAUGACGGCCCCUGCCUCGACAUCAAGCGCGACCUCCACCGCGUCAACAGCUGCCGCGAAGUCUUCCCAGCCACCAUCCUCGUCGGCCUCCUACAACCCUUACUUAGCCUACCCGCGUUACUUGCCCUUGCCAUACCCUGCCGCCGGAGGCUCUGGCGCACAGCCUGUGACACCUCAAGCGAACCGCACCCUGCCCAGAGACACCACGUUCUCAUCGAAUAGCUUCCCGCCGUCUUCCCCUCCCCAAGCGUCGCCUCAAUCUUCCCCCGCCCAUGGCAUUGUCAACCUGGUCUCGUCCCCUGGAGGGCCUGCGAACGGGUCACCAUCGCAGGAGACCGACAACGAAGCGAUGCCGUUCAAGCUGCCACCUGGUCCCUAUUCUCCCUUCAAGCCCGAGCGCUCGUACGCGGCCAUCAUCGGCCAAGCAAUCCUAUCCUCGCCGGAGCACCGCUUGACCCUGCAGGAGAUUUACGACUGGAUCACCAUCGUGUACCCGUACUUCAAGCGCGGCGAGACGACGUGGAUGAACAGCAUCCGGCAUGUGCUCAGCACGACCGUGGUCUUCCGCAAGGUGCCGCGCGAUCGGUCGGUCGGCAGGAGUCUCUGGGCGAUAUGGGACCAGGACCUAGAGUGCUUCGAGGGCGGGGGCUUCAAGAAGCACAAGUGCAAGGACGCCAACGUGAAGGAGCCGAGCCGCAGUAAUAGGAGGAAACGUGCAGCGGAAGACGAAGAUGCCGCAACCGCCGAGCGGGCGCCGAAGAAGGCGAGGCCCGCGUUGGAUAGUCCACCGUCACCGGCGGCUGUGCCAGCGCUGCACGCGCAACCUCUCUUCCCGCCGACCCGCCCUGCGACGCAUCAUCAGCCGUACUAUGCGGCGACGGAGCAGCCUCCGGGCAUCAUCUUCCCGCCGCUCCCGGCGACGUCGAACUUCCAGAGGGUGGCGAUGAGCGCUGUUGCUGCGGCUUCGUCAUCUUCGAGCUCGUUCCCUGCAUCGCAGAACGGUUCGGAGCAUGGCGAACAGGAUGAGGAGCUUGAGGACGGCUCGCCCGUGGAACCGCCCGCCAUGCGCCGUCGCCCUCCCCGCUCGACGGGCUCGAUAUCCUCCCUGCCAUCCGUCCCAGCCCUCACGCCGAAUCACAGCUCGUCCAGUCCGCCAUCUUCUAUGCCGCCCUCGAGCGACGCGGACUUCAGUGCGGCGGAGGACGACGAUGACUACUCAAGCAAUAAACAUCGGAGCAGUAACGACACUGUCACUGGUACCGAGCUGGACAUCGAGCUUCCGCCUGAUAGUGAUAUGACCUCUGACGGUCUGAUGCACCCCGCGCCGCUGUAUACUCGGUCGCGGAGUAGCUCGAGCGCGUUGCAGCCUGGCAUCAUGCUGGAUGCGGCGCGGCCUCCAUCGGCAGGCAGCUCUAGUAGUUCGUCAAGUAGUCGCUUGCCUGGCAAACGGCUUAGCCUGAACGACUUGAUCGACAUUCCUGAUGUGAGCCUCUCGCUUGCCCCUUGUACCUUCGGUACUGACCCAACGCAGGACCCUCGCCCUCUGCCACCUAUUCGUUCGCCUAGUAGCCCCGGCUAUCGGCACUCGGAGAGUACCCGUGUGCAUGUUCUUCGCCGCUCAGUAAGCCCCGGUCCACCAUCGACGCCUCCUCCCCGCCAGGCGCGCAAGCGCAGUCUCCAAUACUCGCCCUCUGGCGGCCGCUCCCCCCUUUCGCAGAUGAGCCCCGUCACCAGCCUCGAGCACUACAAGUCGCACCUGGACCACCCCAUGGCCGGCCAGAGCUCCUCGCACAUGCGCAGCCCGCCCAACGGCAACACGCGUCAGACGACCCCGCCGCGCCGCAUGGUCACGCCCCCGCGCAAGUCGGUGACGCUCGCGAAUCUGUGGCCGCACACAUCGCCGUACCGCACGCCGACGCGCGGGUACCCGGGCAUGUCGCCGUUCCGGACGCCCAAUGGGCGCUUGGUGCUCGACGACUACGACACGAGCGCGCUGCUGGAUGAGGAGGUGCGGCGGAGCGCGCUGAGGGGGAUGGGGGAUAGCCCGGGCGGGUUCUUUGGGAAGGGGAGGAGCCACUUGUUGUACGACAGCCCGGGCGCGCUGGACACCAGUCCCGGGACGGCGGGCCCGCGGUAUUACUAGUGCCAGGCGGGCUCUCGCUCUCGAGGCGAACACCGGACAUGAUAUGACUAUGAUGCGGACGCUGGCCGACACGAUGAAGGAGCGCCCCCACGUAUGGGACGUUCGUUGUACUAUAUUAACCCGUAUGUAUUCUGCCUGCAUCCUCGCUCUGAUUUUGUUAUGGCAACCUCUUCUCUUCGUUCCCCCUCUCCCCUUCCCCGCAUUUAACAUGUUCUCAUCAUUG